UGCCACCUACUGGCGGAAACCAAGAUAUGGGUUCGAACGAGCGAACAGAUAAUUGGCAGUUUUGUCUGGAGACCCUUCCUCAUUAUACAGCUUUAUCGCUGCCGCCUACCAGCCAAGCAAUCGUAUUCACAGUAACUGAGGCCCCCGGAAAAGUCUACUUCCGUCUAUGUAGUUUUCGGAUUACCGGAAGUAAACUCGCCAGGGGUCUCCUGGUUUAGCGGUUUCCAUAGGAACGGAACGCUUAGGCCUGGACGCCGGAAGUGCAGCCCCGCUGUGCAUAUCGGGAUAUGGCUGCUGGCUCUGUUCGGCCUCAUCUUCUCCUUCUCCUGGGAGUGUGCUUCUACCAAUUGUCCCAGGUGUGCGGGGAUGAGGGGGAGUUCAGCCCGGGACACUCGGCCUCUUCUCUACCAGUCGGAAGUGCCGCAUCUGAACGGAGGUAUUUGCUGUAUGAUGUCAACCCCCCUGAGGGGUUUAAUCUACGCAGAGAUGUAUAUAUUCGGGUUGCAUCUCUCCUGAAAACCUUACUAAAGAGUUCCAAUUGGGUUCUAGUUUUGCCCCCAUGGGGUCGACUUUAUCACUGGCAAAGUCCAGACAUCCACCAAAUCCGAAUCCCCUGGGCAGAAUUCUUUGACCUGGACAGUCUUUAUCAGAAUAUUCCUGUCAUUGAGUAUGAAGAUUUCCUUGCGGAAUCUGGAGGACCCUUUAUAGAGCAAGUGUAUGUUCUUCAAGGUUAUGCAGAAGGCUGGAAGGAAGGAACGUGGGAGGAAAAGGUAGACCAGAGGCCAUGCAUUGACCAGCUCAUGUACUCAGAAGAUAAAAAUGCAUAUUACAGAGGCUGGUUUUGGGGCUAUGAGGAGACAAGAGGUCUAAAUGUCACCUGUUUAUCAGUACAGGGUUCCGCAUCUAUUAUGGCUCCAGUGCUACUCAAAAAUACUACAGCAAGGUCUAUAAUGCUAGACAGAGCAGAGAAUCUUCUGCAUGAUUAUUAUGGAGGCAAAGAUUACUGGGAUACACGACGCAGCAUGGUGUUUGCCAAACAUCUGCGAGUAGUUGGAGAUGAAUUUCGGGCCAACGUUUUGCACUCUACUGACGAAGCAGACAGGACUAUAUUCCAUGAGGACUGGACAAAAGUCAAGGCAAAACCAGAUGCUGCAAUAGGAGGACCUUAUCUUUCUGUGCACCUACGUCGAAAAGAUUUCAUUUGGGGACACAGAGAGGAUAUUCCUAGUCUGCAGAGAGCAGCAGAUGAAAUACACAGUCUAAUGAAGAAACUUCAACUCAAGAAAGUGUUUGUUGCCACGGAUGCUGAUCGAGAAGAUCUCGAAACCCUUCGAAAAUUGAUUCCUGAAAUGGUGCGAUUUGAGCCGACCUGGGAAGAGCUAGAGUUGUACAAGGAUGGAGGUGUGGCUAUUAUAGACCAGUGGAUCUGUGCACAUGCCAGAUAUUUCAUUGGCACCUCUGUCUCCACAUUCUCAUUCCGCAUUCAUGAAGAGAGAGAGAUUCUGAGCUUCAACCCAAAAACAACUUACAAUCGCUUCUGUGGGGACAAAGAAAAGAACUGUGAGCAGCCAACCCACUGGAAAAUUGUGUACUGAAAUAUGGUUAUUCACAUUCAGGGAACAGAUUAUAACUAUACCUAGAAGUAGGGAUGCACCGAAUCCAGGAUUCGGCCUUUUUCAGCAGGAUUCGUAUUCAACGAAUCCUUCUGCCUGGCCGAACUGAAACUGAAUCCUAAUUUGCAUAUGCAAAUUAGGGGCGGAGAGGGAAAUCACAUGACUUUUUGUCACAAAGCAAGGAAGUAAAUAAUUAUUUCCCCUUUCCACCCCUAACUUGCAUAUGCAAAUUCGGAUUCGGUUCAAUUUGGUUUGCGAAGGAUUUGGGGGUUCGGGCGAAUCCAAAAUAGUGGAUUUGGUGCAUCCCUACCUAGAAGAUCCACCAACCAAGAGCAAAUAUCUUGCAGUGCUGGUUGUUUAUUUAGAAGAAAACCUGGUUUAUUUUACUGUCUUUUUCUCAGUGAUAAUGGCUAUGAAGCAUAAAGGGGCACAAAAUCUCUGAUAAGUAUUGCAUAUGUCAGUUGAAACCUUGGCAUGGAUGUGUUGUACGUUGUUUGUAAGAUCUCUGCACAUAGGUACAAUAUAUGUCUGCAUUGUUCUCAUUGUGAGCCUCAGGGGCUGGGAAGUGUAAUUGAGCACCUGUCUGGUGAGGCUGCUGAACAUGCAUGCACAGAUUUUUAGAGGCCUAUUUAUCAAAGGUCGAAUUUCGAAUUCAUGUGAAUUUUUUUUUUUACUCAAAUAUACUCUAAUAUAAAUUUGAUUGGGAGGUUAUUUAAGAAAAAUAAUUGAACAUCUAAAACUCAAACAAAUAUUACCGACCCGAAAAAUCUAAUUUGACUUAACUCGAAUCAAGUUUUUUUUUCGAAAAAAACUUGAAUGUCAGGAAGGCUAGUAACAUCUUCAAAUGGGUCACUGGACCUCUGCGAUUGAUUUAUACAUGAACUCGGCAGGUUUUAGGUGGCGAAAGGUUUGAUAAUUCGAGUUUACAAGGGUUUAGUUUCAAUAUAUUUUUCUGUAAAUGUACAACAUAGUAUGGAAAAUAUGCAUUCAUAGUAUUCUGCACAGAGAGCCUUAUUUAUAUACAUAUUUGUAUUUAUUGGUAUGAAUGCAACCCCAAACUGCUUCUUAGUUAAGAAAAUGUAAUCAUCCUCCAACAACAAACCAUGCCUGCCAGUAGAAUGACAAAAUGCUUGAUGUUAUUGAGCUGUAACUCAGAGGCACAUUUGUUAAAGGUCGAAUUUUGAAUUCAUGUGAGUUUUUUUUUUUUAAACUCAAAUAAAUUCAAAUAUACUCGAAAUUCGAUUGGGGGGUAAUUUAAUUAAAAAAUCGAAUAUCUAAAACUUGCAACGAUUUUAACCAAUUUGAAAACUCGUAUUCGAAUUGAAUUCAACUUAAUUUGAAUGUCAGGAAGGCUAGUAACAUGUCCAAAUUGAUGCUUGGACCUCUCCCAUUGACAUAUACAUGAACUCAGCAGAUUUUAGGUGGCGAAUAGUCGAGUUCUUAAAGGGCCAGAGUAUGAUAAAUCUCGAAAUUUGAAUUAAAACUCGAAUCAGGUUUGGAUAAUUCACAAUUUGUGAAAUUGAGAGUUUUGACAAAAAAAUUCGACCCUUAAUAAAUCUGCCCCUUAAUGUAUUUAAUACAUGGGAGUAUUCUUGUUGUAUUCAGUUCAGAUAGGCAUGCACAUUUUCUAUCCAUUUUAGAACCCAUUGUCCUUUAAUGUCUGUAAAUGUUCAUAUUUCUUAUCAGUAAGAAGAAAAAUCAUUCUCAUUAACACUUGGAAACAUUUAACCAGGCCGAGAAUGGAUGUCGCAGUUGUCACAUUGACAGUGCAAAAGUGUUAUGCUCCGUUUAGCCAUCGACAGAUUUUAAGGUGUGCACAUGGAAAUUAUAUUCAAGCUGCACAUCUGCAUACAGCACAUUGUGUAUUCAUAUUGGUGGUAUUUACUGCUGCUUCUGAUAGUUCUCUAACAAAUGGACCAGCACUGCUAAUGCAAGUAAAGCACAUACUCUGCAGGAAAUCAGAAGUUAUCUGGGUACAUAUUAUUCAACUUUCUUACAGUCAAUGUAAUAAUUAGUAUUAAUUGUAUUGUUUUUUCUACUACAGUGAUGGGCAUAUCUGUCUAUUUGUGUAAGCCACAAACUGUGAUGCCUGACCCUUUGUGUUACAUCAUAAAUGGGUAGUUUUGUAUACCUGAAUUCUGUUUUUGUACAUAUAAAUACCUCUUUGUAUUAA